AUGCAAAAUAAGGCAUAAGUAUACUUUGUCCAUUAGCAUCGUUCAGAUAUAAAUAAAUAGAACUAUACUUUGCUUUUAAUGCGUGUUUUUGAUUCUCUUGUAAUAAUCUAUCGAAUUGUGUAAAAUUUUGUUAUAUUUUUUAGCUUUCGAAAUUUUUUGUUAACGAUGACAUCAACAUUAAUAUCGAGAACAGUGUACAAACUUAGUUAUUUAUAUACACCUUGUAGAAAUUACGGUAAAAAUAUAUUACGAAGGAAAGCAAUCCGAGUUUUGAAUGUGCCUGAAGAUGGAGUUAGACCACUUCGUGAUGAUACAUUUGAUGAAAGUAACCAGCUCGCCAAAGUAUCCCCAGAAAUGCAACAAAAUCAUCUGACAACGGAAGUAACUAAAGAGAAGAAAAUUAUGGUUCCACCUUAUGAAAAACUGCAGAAAAAUGACGCUCGAUUCACGAAGACACUUGCCAUGAUAAAAAAUAGGAAAAGGAGAGAAAAGAGUGGGCUAAUCCUCUUAGAAGGAAAGCGUCUGAUAAAUGAUGCCAUUGGUGUUGGGCUGAAAAUGAAGACACUUUAUUUUAGCAGAGAGGAAGAUCUGGCUGCUAUUAAAAUUAAAGAUCCAGAAAAUGUUGAAUUGUGUAAAGUAUUCUACAAAACAUUAUCAUUAUGGUCUGAAUUAGAAACAAGCCCAGGAGUGAUGGGUAUAUUUAGAAGGCCAUCUGCAGAUGACUUGAAUGUCCUAUCAGAUCCUGCUAUUCCAGUAACUGUUGUAUGUGAUAAUAUUAGAGAUCCUGGGAAUUUAGGAGCUGUGAUAAGAAAUGCUGCAGCUGCAGGGUGCGAAAAUAUUUUGAUGCUAAAAGGUUGUGUUGAUCCUUGGGAGAUUAAAGUACUCAGAGCGGGAUGUGGCGGACACUUUCGUAUACCAUUUGUGUAUGAUAUAGAAUGGAGUCAUAUUUAUAAUUAUAUACCAAAAGAUUCAAAAAUAUUUAUUGCUGAUAAUUCAGUGGAUAUAGAUAUUGGUAGUAGUACAUCAGAGUUCAUAAGUUUUGAGGAAACUGAUGAAAAUAGUGAAGAUAUACGAUAUGUUACUUUUAACGAACACAAUCAGCCACUCAUUGUUGAUGAGUCAUACAACGAGCCAUCUGAAUUAGAAAAGUUUGAAGAUGUAAAUCUUCCUUGUCAUUUGUAUACUAGCAUAAAAUAUCCAACAAAAAACAUUAUUUUGUAUGUUGGAGGUGAAACACAUGGUGUCGAUCCAAGAAUAGUUAAACUGGCAUGUGAUUUUGGAGGAAGAAAAGUCAAAAUUCCUCUAGAGAAUGAAAUGGACAGUUUAAAUUCUUCUUUUGCAAUGACUAUUGUAUUAUAUGAGAUUAAACGACAAAUGAAAGAACAAUAUAUUUUAGAGCAAUAAAGAAUUUUACUAAA